CAGAAAUCGUUUCACACUGACGUUAAAGAAUUAUCCGUCGUCCGGCGCGAGAUGCACCAGGCCCAUUGCAAGCCUCUGCUAAGGAUGUCUAAUCAUUUUUCAAAUGUCCCGCGAGUGCAUUGUGGAUGAACGAGGAGUAGAAAGAAAAAAGUGUAAGCACCGACAAGCCUCCGUGCACUCAAGACAACCAUCCGAUUCGGUCGAGUGAAAGAUUUCGAGGUUACGUAGGAGGAGACUAAGAAAUCAAACUUAUAUUUCAUAGUGAGUCGUGAGUGUCAACGAGGAUUCCGAAUUCCAGAAGCAUAAGUUACAUUCUUCGGCUCAGUCGGAGUGGCAGGUACGAUUUUAGUACCUUCAUGACUUUUCUAUAGGACAUACAAUGUAAUUCACGUUUAUUUACCUUAUUCAACUAUCUACCUACAGGGAUAAAUCUUCCCACGGACUCGGAUCUUCCGGAACCGUCGCAUGUCGCGUACGAGGGUCGAAGUUAGCACAUGCCGAUGUCACGAUAUACGGGAGAAUCGACAUGGACCAUGUGUGGUCGAGCGUGACCUGCAGUCUGACCCGUAUCGUAACCCCUGAAACUGUACAUACAGUCUGAAGGGAGCUGCAGGGGCUCGUACGAUAGAAACGAUUGACGGCAUUGGCAUCGGAGGCGCAACGAGAGCGAGGAGCGUCAAGAGGGUUGGAUGGCGCGUAUCGUCGGCUUGAAACCCUUCCUCCGUACCGGCAGGCGGCGCGCUGCUGGGGGUGGCGGGAUGCUUUGGCAAGUAUGGUGGGGCGGAGAGCUACGUCUAGAGUGGCGAAUAUACAGAGACGCGCCACGGCAGAACUUCAGUCGUGACGCGACACGCGCAACACUUAGACGUGUGCCGCGAUGGGAACGAUACGCGCUGUUAGAUCCUGCCGACGACUCGUGUCCCUUCUUCUUGUGACUACUCUGCUGAUUGGGGUGAAGCCCGAAAUUAUUGAUCCCAAAUUCAAGGAGCCCAUCGCCAACGUCACUGCUCCUGUUGGAAGAGAAGCUAUACUCUCUUGCAUAGUUCAGGACUUGGCAGGCUACAAGGUAGCAUGGCUUCGAGUCGAUACCCAGACUAUAUUGACCAUAGCCAAUCACGUGAUCACGAAGAAUCACAGAAUCGGAGUGACGCACAGCGAUCAUCACACAUGGUUUUUGCACAUACGCGAAGUCAGGGAGUCUGAUCGUGGAUGGUACAUGUGUCAGAUCAAUACCGAUCCGAUGAAGAGUCAAAUUGGCUACUUGGAGGUCGUCGUCCCACCGGACAUCUUGGAUUAUCAAACCAGCACGGAUAUGGUCGUACGCGAGGGGAGUAACGUGACUUUACGAUGUACGGCCACUGGAUCCCCACCACCUAGCAUUACCUGGCGAAGAGAAGAUGGUCAGCUCAUGCUUCUUGGAAAUGGACAGCAAGUGAUGAGCGUCGAUGGACCAAAUUUUACCAUCACCAAAGUCAAUCGAUUGCACAUGGGACCAUAUCUCUGUAUAGCGUCCAAUGGCGUGCCUCCUACCGUGAGCAAAAGGAUUAUGAUGAUUGUUCAUUUCCCUCCAAUGAUUUGGAUCCAGAACCAGUUAGUCGGAGCCAAGGAGGGUCAGCAGAUGACGCUAGAGUGUCACUCCGAGGCCUACCCAAAAUCCAUCAACUACUGGACCCGGGAUAAGGACGAGAUAGUUCCGCAAGGUGGAAAGUACGAACCUGUAAUUCUUGGCACUUCGUAUAAAGUUCACAUGAAGCUGACCAUACGUUCGGUCACGGCAUCGGAUUACGGAGCAUACAAAUGCGUCUCGAGAAAUUCGUUGGGCGACACGGACGGCAGCAUUAAGCUUUACCAAAUACCUUCUAGUGCUACUUCCGAUUCUGGUAGAGCCAAUGAUACUAAAUACAAAGGAAAACUUAGGAAAAAUGCUGGAGGGAAUAUAAUCGAGGGAAGUCAGGACAUGCUGAAAGAGAGGGACUUAAAGCUUCGUGGGCGCAAGGGGGACGCGGAUGAAGAUUACGAAGAUGCUGAGGAUUCAGGAGCGCUUACCCUUAGAUGUUGUCCGAGCUUAACGUUUCUCACGGUCAUCAUGGUCCUUUGCCUUCAUCGUCAUCAGCCGCAGUUACAAACGCUUCGUCCAGUCUGAGCGGAUAAUUCUCAUCGAAUAAUCAUCGCAGCUCGUUCGUUCGCCAUUGAAAAUACAGUUCGUCAAAAUUGCGAAUCUUGCUUAGAAACCCGUUGAUAAAAGUACACGGAUGAUCGAUCCUUAAGAUAUUCCUGAUGUAUUACCAUCGAGAUUUUUCAAUAGACGCAAAGAGCUUUGCGAGAACAUUCCGAUUCGCUGCGACAAGCAACAUCUUUGAAAAGAAGGCCAAUAGUAAUAUCGACUUGCGAAAUCAAAGGGAACACUCUAUGCGAAGUAGUUCACGUAUGCUCCGGAGAGAAGAGAAAAAGAGCAUUCAGAGAAUUCAUCGUACCAAUAGAAACCAACAAACAAUAUCGACACGUGACGCAUCACGGAGUGUAAUGGGAAUAUGUUAAAUGUCAAGAAAACGAAGAAAAAAGGAAGAGUGAGAGAGAGGGAGGACAAUAGUUUUAUCAAAUGAAGAUUGAUCUCGCUGUCAUUAUUAUUUCUGUAAUGAACUUUCAUUUACUAAAUUCGAAGAACACUUGAGAGAGCGCGAGCGACGAGUGACUGGCACUAGGAUACGAUAUACUUUGAAUAAAGAAAAGAAAGAAAAAAAAAAAAAGAAACCAAAAAUUACUUUAUAAGACACGCAUUUACAAACAAUGCUUACAAAUGUACAUAA